AUGAAGUUUUGGACAUCCGAGCAUGUUUUCGAUCAUCCUUGGGAUACUGUGGCACAUGCAGCAUGGCGCAAAUAUCCGAAUCCAAUGAAUUGCGCUGUUAGUGGGAUCGAUGUCCUCAGACAUCGUCCGCUAGUUGAUGGUUCAUUACGAUCUGAACGUAUUAUCCAGAGCCAUUUCCCGAUACCUGCCUGGGUAACAAAAAUGAAUGCGGGACGUUUUCUGCGUGUUGAUGAACGACUGUUAUAUAAACCAGAUCCUUACAAUGAAGACAGGACGAUAUUACAACAAAAAGCUUCCGUCAAUGUUGAUUUGCCAGCAUUCGCAGAUUAUUGUGAAAAAAUGUUCCUGAAUAUAUAUGAAACGAAUGCUGAAAAGGGUCGGAAGGGAUUGGAGUGGGUAAUUGAUCAGUUCGACAGCUCAUCUAGAUCAAGCUCAAGUUCUGAAAAGUCAUCCUCACAAGGAUUCUCAGAUCCAACGCUUAUUUUCAGUUCACUGCAUCCUGCAGCGCAACAACCAAGUUUCCUUUCAUAG